GCGAAUCAUUUGCUAGCCGCGCUUGCAUUCUCGGAUAUGGCUGUUUUCUUCUUCAUGCUCCCGACCUGUUUCGCAGCGUUCUCACCGUUUUACUCAAGUAUGACGUUUCGAAUCAUUUUCGGUUCAUCGAAGAUUCAUUUGGCCGCUGUUGCAAAUUGGUUUUCGUGUGCUGCAAUUUGGAUUGUUCUUGCAGUUUCCAUCGAACGAUUACUAAUUAUAAAGUUCCCAUUCCGGUCGUUGAGAGUCUAUCAUACAAUCGAAUCUGUUCUGCUCAUUGGUGGCAUAUUUUUGUCCACGUUGAUUUUGACAAGUUAUCAUCACUUCUCGUACAAAUGUACUCUGAUCUGGCUUUGCAAUAUGACUCAAGUGCAUGUGCACUGUCUACCAGCUAUAUGGAACCUCAGCAAGUUGGGAUUCCCGAAUGAACCGCUUCCGACCGACUCAUUCAUUACGUACGUGAAUCUAAGCACCAUAGCGAAUGCCCUGCUCGGGGUUAUUAUACCGGUCUUUGUGGUGGCCGUCUUGAAUAUAUCACUGAUCAGAUCACUACAUCAAAGGAAUACUCAGGAACUGGUGAUAAAGUCGACGAGUGUCUCAACGAACGGUAUCUCGUCAGUGCAUGAACAAGAGCGUAAGAUGACGAUCACGGUUGUUGCCAUUAUCUCAUGUUUUACCAUUACGCAAAUGCCAUCUGCCCUGCUGUUCCUUUACGAGAAAUUGAUCAACGAUGCAAAAACUCAAGCAUUCGCAACCGUCUCAUCAAUCACCAAUUUUCUCGUACUCACUGGCAAAAUGCUCAACGUUGUGCUAUUUUGUUUGACAAGCAUUUCGUUUAGGUAUCGUUAUUAUUACUAUUAUCGCCUUAUUUGUCCUUAUUUUUUUCAAUUCAAGAUACUGACAAGAGAAGUAAUAAUUAUAACAUAA